GACGCUGUGCGCUUCACACACGGAGCCUGCCAGGGGGAGAAUUUUAACAUAAUCGCAAGUAUAGAGGGGGCUGAUCAAAGGGGGGAUUACAGGCCAUAUUGGAAUCCACCUAGGGAUUAACCUAAUAAGGAGAGUCUCUGACUUGCACUCAGUCAUCCUGGAUUAGGUCCCACUCUAUCCUUAAUGUAGAUUGUUAACACAGCUCAUUAGUCAGAAGGUUUAGGGUGAUUUUAUUUUAGUGUAUACCUUCAGAAUGGAAAAAGUGACUAGUAAACCGGACAGACCUACAAAGGGAAAAACGGCCUCGGUAGUUUAUUUUUCCUGCUCUCAGUGUGGCUCAAAGCUGGCUAAAGGUAGUUCUGACGCAGGUACCUUAUGUGCUUCAUGCUCUGGUGCAUCAGUGACAGAUCAGCAGGGAGGUUCCGCAGAUCAGCCGACGCCCCCAUGGGUUAAAAACAUGGUGGACGCCAUUUCAGAUUUGCGUCAAUCUAGGGAGACUGAAUCUGCUCGGACUCAGGUGGAGCCUUUAUGGGCCCAAAAUAUGGGAAAGUGCCUCACUGAUUUAACUCAAUCUUUGAAUAAGUUUGUAAAUGCUGCCAGCAGUUCGACUGCUACUAAACGAUCGCAGCCGUUACCUGCUAUAGCAUUUCCAGGUGAGGAGGCGGACACCCUGGCAUCUCCAUUGGAGGAGGGGGAGGUAGAUCCUGAAUGGGAUGAAGUUUCGGCUUGGGAAGAUGAGGAACCUUCUACUAGUUCAGGUGUUAGAUUGUUAAUAGAAGCCAUUCGUCAGACUCUUAAUAUUCAGGACACGGUGGUAGAGGAAACUCCUUCCCCCUUCUUCGAACGACAAAAGAGACAGGUUACGGCCUUCCCUUCUUAUUCUCACUUUGCGGAUAUUUUAAAAGAACCCUGGCUUAAACCGGAUUCUCGUUUUCAGGCGCCUAAAAAGUUAAGAUUUCUAUAUCCUUUUACAGAGGAAGAUACGAAAUUUUGGGAGACGGCCCCUAAGGUAGAUGCUCCUAUUUCACAUCUAGCAAAAGCUACGGUUAUUCCGUCGGUACAGUCUGUGACCUUAAAAGACGCUACUGAUAGAAAGAUUGAAGCAUUACUAAAAUCUAUGUUUUCUUUAUCAGGUGUUUCUCUCCGUCCAGUACUGGCGAGUGCCUGGGUACUUAAGGCCGUGGAUGAAUGGCUUGCACAGGUGGUAUCGGGAAUGCAGUCGGAUGAUCCGUCGGAAGCCAUUCACGUAGCGGAACAGAUUUCGGAGGCACUCACUUAUGUGGGUGAAGCCUUGUUGGAUUCGGUUGCGCUACAGACCCGGGUUUCAGCCUUGACAGUAUCUGCAAGACGCUCUUUGUGGCUUAGAGUUUGGAAUGCUGAUUCUGACUCAAAGCAAACAUUGACGGCUGUGCCUUUUGAAGAUUCCCAAGAAGGGGCUCUUUCAGAGGAAGAGGAUAUCAGGCUAUUCGCAGACCGGCCAGUAAGCCUGCCGACAAACCUGAGGCAUGACGUCUCAGGUCCCCUGGAGGGAUCAAUGAAGGUUGGGGCCCGGUUACUUCAGUUCAGGGAAGUGUGGCUCCUAUCGAAACCGGAUCGGUGGGUAAUGGGGGUCAUUUCCAGAGGAUAUAUGUUGGAUUUCGAAGAGACGGUCCCAACCCGACUAUUCAUAACACCUCUCCCAGACGAUCCCUCCAGACGGCAAGCUCUUCUUCAGGCAAUCACAAAGCUCUUACAAAAUGGAGAGUCGAAAACUGGGAAGCAGACUUUUUGA